AAGCUGAAGUCGUCUUUAACAGGAAGGACAUUGCAUCUUCUACACUACAGCACCACUCAGGCCAAAGGUUCCUUCCGAGUCUGCUGCCUUCAGCUAAGACAGGCUUGCCAACCUCUACAAGAUCACCAAAGUUUAAGACUUCGAAGAAUCGUUGUGUAACAACCAACCCAACAAGAAUGCAAGUCGUGCGCCCUUGCAUUCCAUGUUGAAUCCCAACAUGAAAAGAAGCUCGUCUGACACCACAUAGGCUUUAGUUGAACCCCUUCUCGCCUCGCCUCGCCAUGUUUCUCUUCCCCGACAAAGAACUCUGAAGGACCCGAAAGCUUGCAGAGGUUUUUUGGGGUUUUUUUCCCCCUGCGCCAAAUUCCGCCGUCGCUGCCAGCCCUGGUCGGCUGAUCUCGCGCCGUUUCCCAAAGUAUUUUCUUUCCAGGAUUUUAAGCCUCCCUCCCUCUCUGGCCCCCGAGCCCGACAAGGCCUUCCCAGCGGAUUCACAUGAUACCCCCGCAGCCCCCGAGACCGGUCGCCUGCCUGCCUGCCAGUCCGCCCGCCCUGCCCAACGCGCGGUUCCAGCCUUGCAAGAUGUAUCCAGCUCAGCGUCACCCCAAAAGCCGCCCGGCUCCCUGCGUGGUCGCCCUGGGUUUGGGGCUGCUUUGGGGGACCGGAGGUUUUGCAGGGGGGCUGCCUUUGCCCGGAGCGAGCGCUCAGCACCUCCGCCAAGAUCCAGAAAACAAAAGCCGAUGUGUUCUCUCCCCAUCGUCGGAAUUCCCUGAUGGUUUUUUCACACCGCAAGAACGAGUAGAAGGCGGCAUCGUGAUCUAUUUUAUCAUCAUUUUUUACAUGUUCCUGGCGGUGGCCAUUGUCUGCGAUGACUACUUCCUCCCCGCGUUGGAGAUGAUCAGUCAUACUCUUGGCCUCUCUCAAGACGUGGCAGGAGCCACCUUCAUGGCAGCUGGCAGUUCUGCUCCUGAAUUAGUCACCACCUUUCUUGGCGUCUUUGUCACGAAGGGAGAUAUCGGAGUCAGCACCAUCCUUGGCUCCGCCAUCUACAAUCUUCUCGGCAUCUGCGCAGCCUGUGGACUCUUAGCUGGCAUGGUUUCACACUUGACUUGCUGGCCAUUGUUCAGAGAUUGCUUGGCUUACAUUAUUAGUGCGGGGGCCGUUCUUGCCAUGAUUGUGGACAACCAAGUUUAUUGGUAUGAAUGUGCUUCACUCCUGUUAAUAUAUGGAAUCUAUGUUUUAGUACUCUGCUUUGACAUUAAAAUCAACCAAUAUUUCAUGAGCAAGUGUAGUCCUUGUUGCACCUGCUUCUUGCUGGCCACGGAAGGGGCUGAGGACCAGCCGCUGUCUGGAUGGAGGGACGAGACUCAACCUCUCGUUCGGCGACAAUCGAGACCAGACAAUGACAUUUUUCAUGAGUCUGAUUACACACAACUUUCAGCAAGCUUACACGGACUUGAUACCAUUUCUGAAGAUCCCCCGAGCAUGUUUACCAUACCUGAAGCAGAUCUGAAGAGAAUUCUGUGGGUGCUUGCCCUUCCCAUCAUCACUCUACUAUAUUUGACGAUUCCAGACUGUAGAAAACCCUUUUGGAAAAAGUGGUUCAUGCUUUCUUUCUUCAUGUCGGCAGUGUGGAUUUCUGCUUUUACCUACAUUCUCGUAUGGAUGGUGACCAUAGUGGGGGAAACCCUGCGUAUUCCUGAAACUAUAAUGGGCCUUACGCUACUAGCAGCUGGAACCAGCAUUCCAGAUACGAUUGCCAGUGUUCUCGUGGCUAAAAGAGGGAAAGGAGAUAUGGCCAUGUCGAACAUUGUAGGAUCCAAUGUGUUUGAUUUAUUGUGCUUGGGAUUACCUUGGUUUAUAAAAACCGCCUUUGUUGACCCAUCAGGUCCUGUGCUGGUCAACAGCAGUGGACUGACUUAUACAGCUAUUUCUCUCAUUUGUUCCAUUGUUUUUAUUUUUCUGGCUGUUCAUCUGAAUGGUUGGAAAUUAGACAAAAAGCUGGGAGCCAUUUCCCUUCUGAUGUACUUAGCCUUUGCCACAUUAUCAAUUCUGUAUGAACUUGGAAUCAUAGGGAACAAUCCUAUAAAGAACUGUGGCAACUAAUUUGUUUGGCUUUUGGUUGUGUGUAAAUUCGCAAUCAUGGGGAAUAAGGAAUGGAAAGGGUCAAUCUCUUCAUUUCACCAAGAAAUAAAAACUCCAACAUCUC